UGGUGUUCGAUUUUACGAAACGUUCAGUUCAGUGAUUCGGUCAGUUUUUAAGGAAAUGAGAAGGUUUAUUAAAGUUUUGUUGCCUUUCAUAGGUGUAAUGUUGGGUUUUUACUGCAUAACAGGUUCCACUGGCCUGUAUAUCUCAAACCUGUCGCAAGCGUGCUACCGCUGCCUGUGCCACGUCGCUACAGGCUGCGAUGUGUCUCACGGCUGUACUGCAGGGUACUGCGGGCCUUUUAAUAUCUCCAGGGUUUACUGGAUAGAUGCUGGGAAGGUCACACUUCCGGAGGACGAUCCUGAGAGGAACCAUGCUUGGGAAGACUGCGCGAGAAGCUAUCACUGCGCUUCAAGGAUUGUCGAAGGCUAUUUGCAGAAAUUUGGAAAGGAUUGCAACAGCGACGGCGUGACGGACUGCUUCGACUAUAUGAUGAUCAAUGGUAAUGGCGGAUACGGCUGCACGGCGCCGCUCAACCGUUCGGCCAACGGACGGCGGUGGCUGCAGAGAUUCCAAGAUUGCGCACUUAACUUAUAAAAU